AUGAAGAAGACGAAGAAGUUUGCUGCGGUGAAACGAAUGAUUUCACCGAAGGAUAUGAGAAUGUAAUUAUCUACGCCAUGUGUGUUUCAACUCUGUUUCAUGGGACGAUAUCUGUGCUUACAGUUUCUAUGCUGAGUAUCAACUCAUGAUUAACUUGGAUUUGAUAUCAUCUUUGUCCUAGAAAAGAAAAUCAAGAAAAAGAAAUAGCGAAAAGGAAGAAGAAAGAAGACGAGCAAACUCGCCACGUGUAUGUAGAUUAUAUAUCAGAAGUAAAUGAUCUGUUUGAAUUCAGGUGUUACAUUCAGUCCUAAAGUUUGCUUUCUUGUUCGAGGGAAGUCCCGAGAAAAACUGUGGUCUGUGACAGAGACUGAUUUUUAGACAUAGUUAGUCGAGUGGAUGACAUCGUCAGAAUCUUCAUUCAAACAGCUGUUCACUCCACAGUUAGUUGUUUUGUCUGAACAACACUAACCUUGAAAUGAACUGCGCGUCACCGUAUGAUUUACCGUAGUCAAAAAGUCAGGCACUGUUCCCAAUAGCAAUCUCUUUAAGGACUGCCUUACAUAUAGCUAUAGGGUCUAGGUAUUAGUUUCUUAUAAUUAUAUUUUAAUCUUUGAUUUGUUUGUUGACCCUUUACACCCAAAUAUCAGUACGCAUAUUCUCCAUACUGCUUUUAUACAUUUUCUAAGGUGCUAAUAAGAAGAAUUUUGUAUCAUUGGUGAUAGUUUCAGUUAUUCUCAUGAACCUGAAGGUAUGAUUCAGGGGUGAUCUUUUAAGGAUAAAUUAGAUGCCAAUCCCUCUUAUACCAUUUCAUGAACAUUGAUAUGGAUCAAUCAAUUAGUAGAAUGCAAUUUACAGUAGGUUUUUUUUCUUCCUUUCUGUGACAGGGAACAAUCAUCAUCUGCCUUGUUCUUUCAAUACAACACUCAACUUGGACCUCCAUAUUAUAUACUGGUGGACACUAAUUUUAUAAACUUCUCCAUAAAGAAUAAACUGGAGAUUGUGAAGUCUAUGAUGGAUUGUCUAUAUGCAAAAUGUAAGUCAACAGUCCCUUCAUUCCUUGAAUGGGAACAAUAGAAAAGGAACAAUGUUUUCUUGUCCAUGAAAAAAAAAACAAAAAACAAAACACUAUAGUCCCUCUGCUGUAGAAGCAAAAGGAAUAGAAAAUAUAGAUCAAGAUUACUGUUGGUGAAGGUAAUCAACUUCUAGCAUCAGUUUGAAAGGGUUGAAAAGUGAAAAGGAUGGGUAGGAACCACUACUGUAUUGGUUCCUUUUCUUGGAUUCUGCUAUUAGCAGCUUGGAGCCUCUAGCUUUUAGCAGAGAUUUCAUUUUUUGUCAGGUUUCAGUCAAAGCAAAUGCUGUGUGUUAGAAGACAGUCUAAAUUUGUUAAUACAGCUUUACUGCUUUUAUAUUUCACUUUUCAUCAUUGUUUGAUUUUGGUAAAGAAGAGUUCUGCAAAUUUUGGAAGCUAUAUGUAUGUAACAAAAGGUUUGUAAGCUGGACAUGAAGGGAAAAAAAUGAAAUUCCAUACUAUAAAAUGAACUUACAAAACGUGUGUGGCUGUACAUUGUAUAAGGACAAUGAUGAUGAUUUGCACUGGGUUAUGAGUUAAUGAUUCCUUUGCAUCACUGAAUUGAUUGAUGUACUUGUACAUGUGCAGUUUUCAAAUGUAUCUCGUUUUCCUCUUUGAUUGUAAAUAACAUGCUCUUAUAUCAUACCUGUUCAAUUGUGUCAGAGAGAAACACUGUACAUGUAUAUCCACCAUUUAUUUGACUUUGUACAUUUUCUCCCACAGCAUAUUGGAAUGUUAUGAUAUAGAUCAUAUUUUUUAAAUUUUAUUCAGGUGUUCCAUGCAUUACUGACUGUGUAAUGGCAGAGUUAGAAAAACUGGGUCCAAAGUAUAGAGUGGCACUUAGGUAAAGUUACAUUGUUUCUGACAUCUACAUGAAUGUUGUUGUUUCAUAAUCCAUGAGUAAUCCCCCCCCUUUUCAGCAAUAUCAUAUGCAUGAGUCGAAAAAAGACUUGGUGAAAGACAACAAAAUGGAUGUAAGUGGGUUUUUUCGAAAUCUGGGAGUGAGGUGCACAAAGAGUAAUCCUGUGUGUUGCACUAAGAUCAAAUUUUUCUUGCUGAUUUGUUUUUAUCACUUGUGCGACAGACUUUGCCAAAAAGGGGAUUGCCCAUAGUUUAGUGGUCUCAUGCACACUGUUGUAUUCUUUCUGUAACUCUUAAGCUUUUUAUUUUAAAAAAUAAAUUCAAGGAAGAACUCACUGUCAUUCCAACAACAACACCCAGUAUUCCAUUUCAAAGUUCAAUCUGUAAUUCCAAUUCCAGGAAGAAAAAAAGUGAUAUAUGAAAAGUUGUCACAUCUGUUGUGCAAAGAUGCCAACAGUUUCAAAGAAAACAAUAUGUAAUACCAAAUAGUAUGUGCUAUACAUGUAUACGUGUCUUUACCCUGGCAAUUAUAAGAAUAUUAUUUGUGCUUCUAUCCAGGCAACUGAAAAAUAAAAAAUGACUUUUGUUUUCCCCAGAAUGGCCAAGGAUCCUCGUUUUGAACACUUGCCUUGUAUGCACAAAGGAACUUAUGCUGAUAACUGCAUAGUAAACAGAAUACAACAGGUAAGGUUACUUAUUCUUUUUUUUGUCUUAAUCUCAACAUAUCUUGGACUUGUUUUCUUUUUCAAGGUUGUAUUUCUUAUGAAAAGGUAGUUUUUGGUCUUCUAUUGUUACUUCCUGUGGCAAAGACUUGACCAUCUUAGGAUGUCAUUUUGGAAAGUUAGUCAAUAUUGGUAAUAAUGAUGAUUUGCACUGGGUUAUGAAUAGAAUGAUUCCCUCUGCAUCACUGAAUUACCAUGGAGAAGCAUCAUUUUCAAGUUAAUAUGUACUUGCUGAACAUCAUGUAUUUGCAUUAUGUGUUAGCUUAAUAAUGAAGUCUGUCUAAGGGUCCUUAAUUGCUUGUACAGGGUGUACAUUUAGACAAUGAUUUAACCUUUUGUCUACCAAGAUGUACAUGUGUGUUGUAAAUAUCAAUCCUCUGUCCUCUCUUGGAAAUUUUCAUUCUGAUAGUUAGUUGAAUCUUUCUUGCCAAUAUAUUUAGAUAUAAUGCAAUCCUGUGGAGAAAUUCCUUUUUGAUCACUCACAGAAGUAAAGUGCCUUAUUUCAAGCUUCUUUAUUUCAGUAUUAUGCCUGUAACUGAAUACCUGAAAUUUUAAAACAAGCCUGCACUCAAUUUAUAUCAAUUUCUCUCAGAGCAUGUGUAUUUAGUAUCUUUUGAAACAUGAUAUAAUUACUGUUACGAUAGGAUUAUUGAGGAAAGACUCGAUUAGGUCUACUAAAAAUUCACAUUUGCUGGAGGAUACUUAAUGUAAAUUGCCCAUUCCAUUACAUCAAAAUUUUUUUUAGCACAAGUGUUACAUUGUGGCCACAUGUGACAGAGAUCUGAAAAGAAGGAUACGCAAGGUUCCAGGAGUCCCCAUCAUGUACAUUUCUCAACACAAGUUAGUCAAAUUGUUUUUUCGAAUAUUAAUUGCAUGUAAUUUUUCUUGGUACUUCUUGUACAUGCUAUAAAUGCCUUGUGAUAGAAGAUUGCAGAAUGAGAUUGCAGAAUGCUAACCUAUGGGGGAGAGAAAGUUGGAGAGUUUGCAGCUUUUAGAUUGUAAGAUGAAUGUGCUUGCAUCAUGCUCAUUUGGACAUCUUGUGCACAUUGUGCCUGUAUGUUAUUUUAUCUUAAAACCAACAUUCACAUGUGAGUAAAAAAAACCGAGGGGAGGGUUGUAACAAAGAUAGAAAAUAUAUGGGCAGCGUUUGCACAGUACGUGGAGAGUUAGUGUCACAGCUCCCCUAACUGUGAGAUUUAAUCUAAUUUUGUUCAAUUUUAGGUACACAAUUGAAAGAAUGCCUGAUGCAUAUGGAGGUAACAUUUUUUUCUUAUGAUCCUUUAAUGCCGUCCCUAGGUGUCUCUUACCAAAUGUGAUAGGUUGAACGUUUUACAAAAUAUGUAACUUGGGAGCUCUGCCCUCUGAUCAAUUUGAAAGGGAUUAUUCACGUUGAAAUUUUUAAGAACUUAUUUGUAGUUAGGGCACAGGAUAGAUAGUUUGUUAGGCUGGAGCUCAUCAACAUUUUCUUCUUCCUUUUCAGCACCAAGAGUAUAGGCAGACAGGGUGUUUUGAGUACAUUCUCGUGUGGUCUACGAGAUGUCACCUUCGGAAAAGUCGGAAGAUGUGUGCAUUCUGACGAUGUGAAGCUAUGUGUGAAGGAAUAGAGUUAAGGACACUCACCUACAUGUCUGCUAUGUUCAACCAGCUAUAAAUAAUAUUGGAGAACCUUAAGUUUGUCUUAAAGAAUCGUGCACCAUACAAUUUGGAAGAGUCUGGUUAUCUUCAAUCUCUCUUUUUGGGAACAUUCAUGGCACCCUAUUGUCAGCGAAUGAAAUUAAAAUGGUUAUUGGUAACUUAGCAUGUUUUCUUUUGUGAAAGAUUCAUUCAUUUAACUUCUUCUGUGACCAGCUGAAGUUAUAGCAAUCUCAGAACUCACUUUAUUGACUGUACAGAUGUAAAACAAAGCCAUUGUUGUUGGUUACUUUUGAACGAAGAAAGUAAAAUUUCAAUAAAAGACCUAAUUAAAAGAACUUUAGUUUUCUGGCAAAAAGAUUGCAAAAAAGUAGAAAUGAAUAUGAGAUGCUGAAGAUCUAAUAAAAACAAUACAACAUUAAAAGGUAAAUUUGAUUAAAGAGAAAGUAAUAAAAACUGGACUUGUCCUAUUAUAAUUCUGUGUAUCUAAAACCCCCAAAAAACCUUUUUUUUUUCGUUAUUAAAAAGAUCAUACCUUGAAAACUAUAUUUCCAUUUUGAGUGCACUUUUGUUCAUCAGUAAGUCAUGCAUUUUGGUAGGGUCUUUUUUUAAUUCAAAAGAAGUGGCUCAUUAUUUACUGCGUUUAUUGAUAUUGGUCAUCAAAAGAAACCGAAUUUGGAAAAGGAUCGUGAAAAAUUAAGACAUACCGAUAUGUUCCCGUGUUCUCCAUAUUUCGGAACUUAUAAAUAGAUUUGUCUUUUUGUGCUCGAGGCUUGAAUUUGGCGCCAAAGCAGCGCGCGCUUUUUCACGCGUGAUUACCAAGCAGCGUCAUGAUUGGAGAUUUUCCGUUUCCAUAGCAACUCCAACUGUCCAGCGCAGAUGUCAAGUUUGAACAGCACAUCUUCCUAGGAGACACGAAGACAAAAGAACAACAAAAGUAUACGCGGAAAAAUGUCGGCAGCUGGAUUAAAAGCACUUUCUGAGUCUCCAACUGACAGUUUUAAAGAUAGUGAUCAAUUUAGCAUCAAGGUUAAACCUAAAUGCAAUUUAAUUUAGCGUAUUUUUAGAGGGAAAUUUUAUUAACUCAGAUCCAUGUGUAUUGCUGCGUUUUCAUUCAGGCUGAUGUAUUGACAGAAGAAAACGAAGAUGAAGAAGCGGUUGAGGCGAGCGAAGGCAAUAAUGGAUUUUUCAUAAAACACGGAACUUUUAUGGGAACAGAAAAUGAACAAAUGGCCUCGCAAGCCUCAGAUAUGGCUUCCAGUGACAGUGACUACGACACAGACCUCGAAACGGAAGGUAACCGGGAAAAAAAAAGUCAACAUUUUGAUAUGAAGAUGAAGGUCUUAUCGUCCCUGCUCUUUAAUCAUAAUUUCGCUCUCUUAAUUGACAGCUCAUGCGUAAACAGUAUGUCUGUUUAUUAUUUCUGAUUGGGGAGAAGUUUCACAUUGAGGUUCAAUUUCUGUUUUGAUUCUCUUAGCUUUUUAAUAACAGAUUUUUAAUAUUUUAAAUUGAUGGCAAAUGAACUUGAAAGGAUUUGAUUUGCAUAAAGUAGAAAUUACGAAAGGUCACCGUUGUCAGUAAGAAACGAAAAAAUGUCAUUUGCGGUUGUAUCACAAAAAAUCCGGAUGUUUUGGACGAGAAAACAUUAAAUUUAACACAAUUUGAAUUUUGAUUACGGUAGUUCUGACUGGAAGAAAUAUUCUAAACAUGCUUAAGAAAUAAUUUGUCCCUCUUCAGUCAUUAAAAAUUUCCCCGUCGCUCAUUUCAAAUUAAUUUGCUUGAGAGAGAAGAAACAAGAUAUACACACUAAAAUUACAUUAAAGCAGAAUAACUUUGGAGGUGGCAAAUAUCACGAAAACCUUAGACAAAUAAGGGAGAAAAUGCAAAACUAAUUUGCAUUUGUAAACACUCGAAUCUUGCGCCUAAUUUAAGGAUUCGUUUAAAAAACAAAUCCUUUCAAAUUUAUUCUCUCUAGCAAAAUAUCCGUAUCUAAAGUAAAUUUGCAUAAUGCUACAUUCGCAACUAGCAAAAUAUCUUCUUUAGCGAUCUGGUUUUAGAAAGUCUCUGUAAAUGGUUUUAUUUGAUAGGGAAUAGUUUCUCUUCUGUAAAGUUAUGACUUGCUUUUUGUAAAAACGAUUUGCUCCAUUUUGAUGUAAACAUACGCUCUUUCUCGCGGCCUAUUUUCCCUUCCUAACGUCAUCCUGGAAAAAGAAAGUUAAAAAAGCCGCGAAACCGAAAAGAAAUGUAGCUUUAUGUAAGAAGCAGCUGAAGUGUAAUCCAUCUUCGGCUGUCUCUUACAGUUUUUUCAGGCACAAAAUAGAUAAUUAUCCAGUGAGCGCAUUACACAGACUCGGUUAGAGUGUUCCGCUGUCAAGUUCCGAACAGUAGAUAUGAAAGUUCCCGAACCUUACUCUGAAAAAAAAACAAAACAAAACAAAACAGCAAAUAAUAAAGAAAAAAAUAGAGAUCAAGAUUUUGUUUACGCAAGCUGCGUAAAAACUCUCCCUCAAGAGAUAUCAGACCUUAAACGGCAAGUAGUCGUGUUUUGACUUUUUUUGACUCCAGAUGUUCAUUUCAAUCGCAUGUAGAAUCCUUAGCGGCCGUCAGCCACUAGAUUUAAUUUUUAAGGCCCUAAGGCGAGACAUCAAUUCCGUGUAAUAGUUGGAAAUUUCAUCGCCCUUGACCGACUAUAAUCAACCCUCCAUGGCCAGUAGUGAGUCUGCACAACAACCUCUGGUCAGUGUUUUCAAAUUUGACACAGUACGUAUUUUUGAAACUUUACAGAGCAAUCAGAGAAGUUCGAUACCACCGGCAAAAAGGUCUACCUUGCUGCCUGUAAGUGUUUGGAUAUAACACCUGUUUCCUUUUUCCUGAAAAAUAUCCAAGAGAAACGACUCAAUUUUAGGCAUCGUUUAUUGGGAGCCAAAGGAGGACAAGCCCUUGCACUCGCUCUAGAGGUAAAGUAUUUAACGUACCGUACUCUUGCGCUUCUUCAUCUCAAAACUUUGCUUUUUUUUUUCUUAUCAAAGAUGUUCGAUGGCUUGUCGCUGGAAUUACACCCCCUUCACGCAGCGCUUUUAAACAUGCUCUUAAAUUCUAAAACGAAAAUCUAUCAGUUCCAAAAGGGAAAUUCAUGAACUCCUUUUUACGGCUUUUUGCUCAAAAUCUUAGCAUACAUUGAGUAGGGGAAAUCUAUAGCAUGCAUGAUAUUUACCCUCUCUGGUAGAGAACAAUCUGUCUGUUACAGAAACAUUCGUCUUUCGUAAAGUACUUUUUUUGUUUCUGAGAGAAUAAAUUGCUUGCAAUCCCAAAGGUACUUAUCGCCACAGUAUCGAUAUAGUUUUGGAUGUGCUAAAAAUUGGAUGACUAUAAUCACCAGGAACCCCUCACUGGGCUGUCUCACGGUCGGUUAUAAUUUGUACUCACAAAUGCCGCACUGUCCUGUCUGUAUCCUGAUUUCGCAGUAUGUGUUUCCUCGUAACAAUGAGAAAUGGACUCAUACAGGUGUUUGGCCGAUUAUAACUUCUGAUCAUUUCAUGCCUGUUCCUUUUAUGUAGCUCAACACAACCUUAGCCAGUUUGGACCUCCACGAAAACUACUUGGAAGGGGAGGGUGGAGCGGCUAUCGCAGCAAUGCUCAAAGAAAACUGCUACAUCACAGAACUGGUAAGUAUAUAGAUAGGGUGAUCGCAUAAGGAUAUCGGCCUAGCUCACUUUAUCAAACUGAAAAAUUAAAACUGUCUCGCUCUACUCCUCAUCCAAUCAGUGCGUGUUUUUUAUUCCCUUCAUUUUCUAUAUUUCCUUUUUUGGUUAAAUGGAGGAUAGGGGAGCAUUUAAUUAUAGAUGGGGCCUGUUUAAACAAUGGCAAGGCCAGACCGCAAAACCGGGGCUUGAACCUUCAAUUCUGGUGCUCUAUGAAUGAUAUGUGUAAUGGCGAAAAGGGAAUGUGAAAUGUUUCUUUUGUGUAUUAGCACAGCGGCGAACAUUACAAGGCUUUUUUGAUUAAUCUAACAAAUAAAGAUCCAUAAAUGCCGCGUGUAGACAAAAUUGAACCUAAAAUAAAGUAAAUGUUUGUAUUAAAAAUGCGUCCUAAGAGGUAAAAAUGCGUGAUAUCUGGCGUAUAAUAUUGUCCCAAUGCACACACUUAAAAGCUUCUUUGAGAAGUGUCCGAAUUGUCGUGUUUAACGAGCCCAUCUGCCAUUAAGAGAUAUGCUAAUAUUCCUCAUUUAUAUCGCUUCUCUUAGUUCUUUGUAGGAUUUAUUUCCUUCAUUCUUGACAGGAAACGUUCCAUUGCACUCACAGUCAGACAAACUUCCUCACCCUCCUCCCCCCCUUCAACACGGUAUUAAAGACUCUCUAUAACGAAAAUUUAUGCCAAUAAUAAUAUCACUAUUUGGAAGGCUGGAACAGGAAUGUCAGGCAAAUCAGUGAGUGUAUUUUUGCAUUCACGGCUUCAAUAUUAUGUUCAAAUAUGACCGGAAUGUUAAUUUCCACCAGAAGUCCGAAUAUUUCUGGUGUAAGAAACUUCUAUUUCAGGGUCCCGGAGUAAACGAUAAAACUUGAUUGGUUCCCCGUUUGCGUUGCGUGGUCGGAAGCUCUUUUUACAGAAGUCCAAGUGGCAAAACCACUUGACCAUGGUGAUCCCAACGUUUUGACGCUACUUUUUUACGUGGCCGCCAUGUUUGUUCAGCUGUCCCCUCGAGGCGCUGAGCUAGAACCCAGACCUCCCGGUAUAAAUGUUCCUUAUUGGUUGAUUGAGUUGAUUAAGUGAUUACUAAAGUGAUUAACCCCCAACUCUCUCGAUGGGUAAGGUUCAUAUGAUCCAUUUGCUGAUUGAUCGAUUAAUUGAUUUAUUGACUCAGAAACUGAUCGUGCGAUUUACUGACUGACUGACAAAUCCGUUUACUGGUUGAUUAAUUGAUUGAUUGACUAAUUUAGAGAUUUAUUUAGUUAUCAGUUAGCUAACUAAUCAAACGACUGAUUGAUGUUUCUAUUCAUUUAUGUCAAAUUAAAGGAUAUAUCUUCAAACAAGCUUGGUGCUCAUGGCUGCAUGUCGAUGUGUGAUAUGCUACAGAAUAACGUCAGCUUACUCAAAAUUGACCUAUCAGACAACGGUUUUAGUGACAAGGAUACUGUUUCUUUGCUUGACGCUUUCAAGGUAAGCUGAAAACUCUUUAAUAAUGUAUCCAAAAGAAAUUAAUGCAAGACCUGCCAAAAGCAUAGCAGUAGUCGGGCUUUCUUUUCGCCAGUAAUUGAACCAUCAGUUUUAAUUCAAUCAUUGUUUUUAUCCCAGGGAAACGACAAGGUCGCCUGGAUGAACCUGAGUCACAACAAGUUCUCGGAGAGGUCUGGGGAAAAUCUGGGUCUAGGAAUAAGUAUGAACCACAGUUACGCAGCUAUUCCAUAUUUACUUUUUUCUAACAACUUCUUGCGAUAAUAUUGUUUUCCUUUAGGGUUAAUGAUAUUCCCUUAUUGGCUAAAAAAAGCAAAGAAGUCUUCUCUUCAAUUUCACCUAGAACGCCUUUAGGUGAAAAAAUUGCCUUGAUAGACUUAGACAAAACGUCGCAAAAAAUUAGUAACUUCGAUGAACUUAGGAUUUUUCGUAUUCUCUUAUCCUAAAUCGUGAGUUGUUUCAACAUAGAUAUAGAGUGAGAUCUAUAUCAGCACAGUAAUACAGUUUUUAAAAGAAUACUCGCGGUACUCAACUGAGCGUAUGACAUGGUGGCCUAAUGGCUAAUUGACUCUUAGUUACUGAUUAUGGGACAAAAAAAUAAACUAUGCGUAUUUAAAUUCUGGCUCCGUCACUCUGUUGUGUUCAAAGCUAAUCUUGGCAGCCUAGUCUUCGCAACCCAAUAAGGUCUAAUACAAGAAUCCUAGCUAAUUUUCAAUGCAAUGAUAUUCGCAUAAUGGCAUCAAUUUUUUUUGUUAUAAACGAUAAAUCAAGAACGAAAGAGGGAGAAGACUUAGUGGAAAAGUUAAAAAGAAAAAGAGAAGACUUCUAUAAAAAUAUAAAUUACUGUACCUAAGAGAUUUUAGUUUUGGAAUGAUCUCAUGCAUGUCAAGAAAAUAAUUUCUCUCUCAAAUAUCUUAAAAAGUGAUUUUUUAUCUUAAAUUUGAUUGAUGGGGGAAAUCCAACCAAAGGCAAUGGCUAACCCUUCGAUGCCAGAACUGACAUCCUAUCAAGGGUGGAGUAGCAUUACUCCUAGUCGGGUCAUACCGUGAUUGCGCAGUAUUUCAACUUUACAGCUUGUGAUUUUACUUACCCCUCAAGCAUAUUUCACUUUUUCCUUUAGGUUUUAACGACGCGAUGGAAUAUCUCGACUUAAGUUGGAACCACAUUCGACGUAAGGGCGCCGUUGAAAUCGCGAAUGGGCUCCGGGUAAGAAUGAGUUUUUGGCGAAAACAACACUGACGAGAACGAGGAUGAAAAUGAAUAUUUUGCACUCACUAGUACUGUCACGGGCUUUUUUUCAGACGAAUUGCACUCUAAAAACAUUGAAUUUAUCGUAUAAUGGUUUUUCCAAUGAUGGAGCUGUUGCUUUGGGUGAAGCAUUAAGAGCGAAUAAUACGCUGAUUGAGUUGGACAUCAGGUAGGUGAAUGUAACUUUUACAGCCAGUGAUUCAGGAAAAUUAAGAGCCGACUGAGAUUGAACUUAAUGGAUCGUUUGGCAAUGAAGCUCCAGGCAUCAUAAUCUUGUCAACUUUUACUUAACUUGUUACACUUAGUUGAAAUGUAUUUAUACAAUUAUAAUCAGGUUAGAUAAGAAUUUUAGACUCAUAAUUGUGAAAUUUCAAGUUUUUUUUAAAUAUGAAUUUAAAGAUAUAAAGUAAGGCGCAAUUGAAAGAAACUGAGCGCCAUUUGUCUUAAUCAUUUAUGUCUGUUUCGCAUGUGCUAUGUGACAGUUCUACUAUUGUCGUUAACUAGCAAUAACCGAAUUACAAACCAAGGUGCUUUGUGCAUUGCUAAGGGACUGGAAGGAAACAACACUGUAGAGAUAUUAAAGGUAAUUUACCUCAAUUCAAAUUAAUUACAUACUUAUCUGGGCGGAUCCAGGAUUUACUGAAGGGGGAUUCGGAUAAACAUCUGCUGAAAGCAGACUAUCCAAGAAGGUCGAGAGACAUGCCCCUCCGGGAAAACUUUGGCAACUAGUCCUCGGAAAGGUGAUCUCCAAGCGUUUUGACGUAUAAUUAUGGGCUGUUUCCUACCUUUGAACACAAUUUAUGUUUUGGACUCUUUCAAACAUCUACUAUUUCCGCCAACUCUUUCCUCAGAAACCGCACGUGUUGAAACGUAUAGGGGGUUCGGCAGAACCAUCCGAAUCAAUCUUAGAUCCGCCCCAGCAGAUGUCAACUUUUUCUUGAAUUAGUUACUUUAUUUUUGACAGUUCCAGGUCGUUUUCUGUCAUCUACGUUUACUUAACUUUACCUCCCCAACAGCCUCGUGCAUGGGCCCAUCACUUGAAUAAAUUUCCUUUUCGUUCCCCUCGGGAAGAAUGGUAGAACAAAAAGCGGCUCCAAACAAAACUAGCAUAAAAAGUUGAAGAUGAGGCUGCCGUCCAUCUAUAAUUGGGCAUCCUUUCGCACCCACUAAGGGGUAACUCUAGAAACGCCAGCCUUUCAAACUCUACCGUUACGGUUUUUCAGUACCCCUAUAAACUUGCAUUUUAUAAUCGUCUAAUUUUCUAGCUGGAAAUGAAUCGUCACUCUCCAAAGAAUUUUGAAGAUCAUGCCCUUUGGUCGCUUAAGGUCUUUAACACAGACUUUGAUCCGUUGUCCUAUCUUCCACAUAACAUUUUAAAUGCUUCUUUGAUGGUUACUGUCUAUAAUAGUUCCUUAAAGCAUAAAAUACUGGCUCUGAACUUAAAAGUAUUUAUUAAAAUUUAUGGGAGUAUUAUAUCAAAAAGUAUUCAACCGAAAUAAGCAACGUGCAAAGCUAAAGCAAGAAUGGAGACCUCUCAGCUUAUUCCGGAGGGCUCGUUUACAAGUCAGUUCUCUGCUUCCCAAUUUAUUUUCUACAGAUUGGUGGCAACCCCAUCGGAGCUUCGGGCGCCAUGGCUAUAACAUCAGCUGCGAAAAAUUAUUCCGACAGUGCUUUGACUGAGCUGCAUUUUAAGGUGCUCAAGGUUUCAGAUUUUUUAAUAAAAAUUCCAAAAGUGGAAAGCCACUACAUUCGCUAUUAUAGCGAAGUACUGUUUGUUUACUGCGUACGACUGAGAACUAUGAGGUUUAAAUUUUAUGACAAGUAAGUGUGUGCAUAUAGAGCACGUAAAGUAAUAGUUAAUUUAAAAUUGGAUUCCUUUUUCUAUUUGAAGAAUUCAUUUCUUAAUCAUAGAUGACUUAGUUUAAUGAGCUCUGAUUUCCACUUGGGAAUAAUCUUUGCUCACAGAGUUUACAUACUUUGUAUCUCACCUUAACCCCAAUAUAUUACAAAAGUUCCCUUCAUGUGAAAGAAAGUAGUUUCUAGAAAUAUAGUGGAAAGGAAAAACCCAAAAAGUGGGUCAUAGUUUGAGGAAGACCACGACUCCUUGUGUCUUUUUCAGGACAUAUAUCUCGAUGAGGAUUUCGAUAAGCUUAUGGCGGAGAUUCGCGAAGUGAAGCCUGAUAUUCGAAUCAUAGCAAACUUACGGCCUGGUGUCAAGGAUCCUCUCAGUGUUGUAAGAACCUUUGUCUCAAAUAAUCAGGAUCAAUGGCUUGAAAUCUGUCAGCAGUUUGACUCGGAAAGCACGUUCAAGAUUACGAGGACUGACUUUGUCAAGUGCCUAAAGGUAAGCAUGCAUUGAAAAGAUGAUUGAUUAUUGAGCUAGCACUUCUGUGGUAAAAUUACCGGAAACAUUUUGUUAUUUUAGUUCAUGAGAAGCAUUUUUUAACGUGCGCGAUAUAAAAGUUACCAAACAUUUAAACUUCGAGCGCUGUUCGAAACUGAAGAAGCUAACUGGCUUUUCAGAUUGUCAUAAUGGCUCACAAUGUGAAACCUCUUUGUGCGUUUAUGACUUCCUAAAACCUUUCCUAACGUGUCAUGACAUGUCGUGAUAGUUUUACUUGGUAAUUAGCUUAAGCUCUUAUUUUCAACGCUUUGAAAGCUUACUUCGAUGCAUUUUUAUUGCUCCUUGUCUAUUCCGAAAAAUAGGGUAUGUCCUGAUAUCGAUGCAGACUACUCAGUAUGAAUGUUACCAAGUUUAGAGCUGUUUUGAGAUGGUUUGACUGCACUUGAUAAUUAUGAGAUGAACCGGAGAUAAUCCAUGAGCACUUCUUUGAUUUAUCUUUUAUUCUGUCACUGCUACGUGCGUAAAUUUGCUGUAAAAUUACUCUCAUCGUUCUCCAGCCCUUAUUUAGGCUGAAAGUGGAAUCUGUAUUCUCUCUUUCUAGAAGGCUGGUUUUGAAUUCGGAAUGUGGCAAACCGCCCGACUACUCGCACAGCUUGACCCCGAGAAAUGCAGUUUUAUAAACUACUCGUGAGUAUAAUUUGGCACAUUAUAAUACAUUCUACCAGCUUUUCGUGUCCUUGAAAAUCAGCUGUGGGUAAUUCAAAACCGCUAUUCAAGUUUAACGAGUUCAUCUCCUCAGUAGGUCAGUAGGUCAGUCUUGAUACCGACUGACUGGCUCUAAUCUUUUCUGUUCCACUCCCUUUUUUAAGGUGCUUUUAUAUAGGCUCCUCCAAUGGGUCAAAGCUACGUUUUGACUGGCAAAAGCCUUUUUAUAAGCAAGGGACCUAUUUUACGAUGCUUCAUAUGUUGCUGUAAUAUCUAAAGACUAUACCCUCUUAAUAACAAUUGCAUAACAAAUCAUUACUCCUUCAAAUUAAUAACUGAAGUUUCCCUGCAUGGGAAAGUGGUUGACUGUAAUCAUAUCAUGAAUCAAGAAGAGAGGUGACCUCUCUGUGGCGGGAAUGUAAUCUAUAAAAAUUGCAAUAUUUUACUUUCCCGCAUUGCAGGAGUAAGAGGCUAGGAUAUAAAGAAUUACGCCUACAGGAGCUAAAGAGCUGA